AUGGCGCUAGCUCAACCAAGAAAUCUUCCCAACAUGGGCAUCUUCCGAAAAGUCUUCAUGAGCGCCGCUGGUAUCCGUGAAGAGAACCAGGAACAUCAUCAGGUGAAGCGAGAACAUCUGACGCCCGAACAAGUGAAGCAGACUAUGGACACUAGCGGCCGACUCAGUGGUAUCCCAGCCAUUCCGAUCGAUAUUGGCUUCAAUAGUGGGAAGGACACGCAAGGGAAGAAGAAGAGUGGUGUCAUUUCCCAAGUGACCAGCAAUCCUGCAGUCGUUGUGGGAAUGGGUCUCACUUGCCUCGCAUUGCUUGGCAUGUUCAGGUCUUCCUUCAUUGGUGAUAAGAUGGGCGCACAGAAGUUUAUGCGCUACAGAAUUCUGGCCCAGUUCUUUCACCGUGACAACGCUAGUCGCAGGAGUUACCAUUUUUGGUGCCACCUAUGA